GAGGGAGUGGGAAAGGCAAGAGCGCGAAAGGGACCCAGGGUGCGAAGGGCAGUGUGAAGGGCAGCAUUGGCAAGCAGAACGUCGGGAAGGUUAAGGGCAAAGAGCCCAAGGCAGCGAGGGUCGGCGUCGGCAAAGCCGACAUCAAUGCACCGACGCUGAAGAAGCAGCCGAAGCCGCCGCCCACGAAAGACCGAAGCACCCAGACACCGGCGGUGCAAACGGUGAUGGGCCACUCGGAGCGCGACCAGAAGCUGGAGGCGGAGGCGAGAGCUUCCGCUUUGACCUUGGAGCGCCACAACAGCCCGAACCAGUACGAGGCACGGUUCCCACAGGUCGACCUGUCCAUCGCCGCGGGGAGAGCAGAAGUCACCAGCCGUGCCGUGGUGGUGAUCACGGACAACGGACAAGACCAGCUUCGCAAGCCCGAUGCCGACGCACCGUGGGCACCCUCCUCCGCCACCGCCGCCGAGUGGACAAGCAGUCUCUCCAUCAUAAACAGGGCAGAUGCCCCCAGGACGCCGGAUGCAGCCACAGCAGCCAAUUGGAGACCCCCGCCCCGACGACGCCGCCAGGAGGAGCAGCACAUCGACGCCGCCUGGGGCAGCCCCGAACACGACCCCACCAAGAACGCCGAUCGCACCACCGUCCCCGCCGCCAACCAGAUUGGCGGGGCGGAACAUGGCCAAGGAUCGCAAGAAGACUUUGCAAGUGAUGAUCUUGAUCUCGUUACACCAUGGACAUUACUGCAGACGGUCCGGGAAGUGCCGCAGGACUCUUUGACUAUUGCUUCUUACGAUCCUCCGUCGCCAUCGUAUGUGCCUUCUGAGGAGCGAGAGCAUGCUUUCUCUGAUGAUGGGGAAAGAGCUUGGUACUCCCCUGUGGCUGCCGAGCCAGAGCCAGAAGACUGCCGAGUGGACCUGGAGCCCAGUCGGUCUUCUGUCGAGGAGCCACACGUGCCGGAUCCCUUGCCGAGUGAUCAGCUUGGUGUGCAACUGAGACAGCAAGCCUUUCUUGAUGUCGUCAAGCGCAGGUUUCAGUCGGUGCCACAAGUGGGAAUCCGCGAGUGUAUCCGUGCACUCGAGCCUGAGGGGACGCAGCUCGGUCUGAGCUUGCUGCAGAAGACUUUGGCUUUGAAAGACGACGACGACGACAUUCGUCAGAGCUUGUCAGAUGCGUUCCGUGGCAAGGACCAGCUUUAUGCGAUCUUGUGUGCCUUCCGAGCGGAAGGUGUAGCUAGAGAGCUAUGCCUGCAGAAAGCCCCUCUAAGGCAGAGGGAUCCCUUGAGUUCGGAGCAAGUGCAGGGGCUCGAGAAGCUAAUGAUGAGUGGAGUUGAGGUUUUAGGCGAGGGACCCGGGGCAAUUCUCUUUGCCCAGGUGUUGGGCGUACCUUGGGCGGACGAGUGGCUUGCGGCGAGAUCUCGCGAAGGCCUGGAUUUUCAGGCGGGGGACUUCCUGCAGGAUCUGCUAGCGAGGGCGGGGACAAGCCCGGAUGCAAACAUGUCGAUCGGCACGCACAGCUGUAAGGCGACACUCAUCACAUGGACGACGUGGUCACCCAUUGUGACCUUCAGCCCUAAGGAGCAGCGUCAUCUGGGACACCAUCUCAAGAGGGGGCAGAGUACAUUGACCUACAGUCGUGAGUACUUUGUCACUUUGUGUGGUAAAGUUCUGGGGAUGUACAGGACUAUUAGAAGUGGGAGAUUCAAUCCAGACGAAAGCCCUUCCCAGCGUGCGGUUGCAAUAGCAGAUGGUUAUGAUCGUGAGGCUUCAGGGGAGAUUUCUCCCGAUCUGCAGGUGGUCUCUGGUGGGGGGCCAGGAUCUGCGGCAGACCGCCGUUUGAAUGACACCGAGCCCUUCGGAGACUCAGAUGGUGGCUCAGCCUCGGCUGAGUCUUGUGCGGAGAAGCCCGACGGAGCGAGGAAGCCACCGUCGGGGGGCCGCCUUCCCUGCGAAGCCGAGGACGACCGGGAGCUUAAGAUCCAUAGGCUGUCCGGCAUCGUGCACAGAGUCAGGGAGGGAAAUGUUUUAAUUUGUGGUCGUCAAGUGAAUGAACGCUAUCGAGCAUUCAGUGCAGACGACGAGGAUGAACCCGAGGUCUGUCAGCAGUUUGCGUGGGUACGUGCUCAGAGGCGAGUUGCUGAAGAUGUGAUUUUGAUCUUCCGCGGCAGCUCCGAGUCUUUGAAGUACCAUGUUCAUGCGGUAGGACAUGUCGUGGUGAAUUGUUGUGUUGUGUAUCCAUUGUUUCUAGAGUUCACUUCUCGACUUGUGACGUCUCGGGGAUCGGGUAAGUCUUCUGCACUCGUAGCCGCGGACUUUUGCAACAUGGCGUCGGCCACUCUGGACUCAACAGCGGUCUUCCGUGAGAGGUGCACUAAGUUCGGGCUUGCACCCGAGCUGCUCCGAAAGAUGACCGAGGCGGGUUUUGAUACCUUCGGCAGGGUGGCAUUCGCGGCCGGAGCGAAUCCUGUGACAUUGACUGACAGUGCCGUCGACGAAUGGAUCUCGACUUUCGAGGAUCCACUGCCGAGCCCGUUUCAGAUUUCAGUCAUCCGGAGGAUCGUUUAUGAAAGCCAGAAUGUCAGCAUUGCUGACCUAAAGGCUAGAGUCGAGCCAAGUACCGAGGUGCAAGUGCGCAAACUUCCUGUGGCUGAGCGUUGGGUUAGACAGGAGGAGCAGGCCAAGAGGCUGACUGGGCUGCAGCUGACUCCGCACAACCUGCCAGGCCAUGCGUGUGUAGACGAAGUCGUGAGCAUGAUUGAAAACAAUACUUUGAAGUACCUGCCCAUGAAUCGCUGGAUUAGCCGAAGUCAGGAGCUCGCUUUGCGCAAGAAUGAUCCAGCCGUUUCGUUGGACAACGAAGGUAACAUAAAAAUCAGUGGCAAGACCCCAGACUUGACUUGCGACACAUCGGGGUUGUAUGCCCUCCGGCAAGCAUUCCAGAGACGUGCUCUAGCGUUUGACUUGGGGCAUCUAGCCACGUUUGGGUGCAUGGAGGCCUGGACGAAUGACAUUUUCGAGAGGACCCAAAGGGCUCCCCCGAAGGGCUAUGCGGCGGUUAGCAUUGGUCAGCUGAUUUCUGCGGACCGUGAGAUGUUUGUGCAAGCGGCCCAUAGGCUGGAAGGUAAGCUGCAGGGUGUACCCUCAGGGACACGUCCAUUGGACGGCGUGCUCAAGGAGCUCAGUGUUUCGCAUGAGGUUAUCCAGUACUUACUGCCGUUGGCAGCUGCAAGUGCCCCGCCAAAUCAUCCGCCGCCACCCAAGAAAGUGCAGGUGGACCCACCGCCUCCACCACCUGAGGAUGCUACUCUUCGUGAUCCGAGGGGCGGUGGUAAGCUUAAGAAGGCUCGCAAGGACAAAAUCCAGAUCGUCAUCCCGCAAGUGCAGUCUGAAAGUUACCAAGGGCCGAUGCGCCAAGGGGUUCCACCAGUGCUGGAAGGAGUUUGCAACAAGCAUUUUGCAAUCUGGUUCCUCCCCAAGGAAGUUAUUCUUUUCUGUGAUGCCCAGACGGACAUACAUGUCGACUCGCGAAAUUAUCAUUCACCCAAUGCUGUUAUGGGAAUCUCCUCCUUUUCGGGGGGGCAAAUCUGGGUGGGCGAUGGGCAGGGACCCAUCACCAAGACUAUCGAGGGCCAACAGGUGAAGGGGACCAGCUACGAAGUGAGCCACAGCCCAGCUUUAUUUGACGCUUGGAAGUAUCCUCACUGUACCGAGGCAUGGCAAGGCCGGAGGCUGGUGUUAGUUGCCUACGCAGUGCAAGCACUCGAUCGCCUCUCAGCUGACGACGGUGCCCUUCUUAGGUCGUGGGCAACUGUCUCGGGCGCUGUGGAAGGCGAUCGUCUGGCAAACCAGCCGAAGCCCUUGAGAUCCAGCAAAUUCCCUCUGGGGUUGCUCAACUUAGAUGAGGCUGCAUCUGCCAGAGUCAGGAUGGUCACGGCUGGCCAUUGCAAGGACUGGAAACAGUCCUCUUCCACAACUGCUGUCAUGGAGGUCUUGGACGAAUACAUGAAGGCGAGCCCCUCUGAACUGGCGCUAAAGAGGAGGCUGGCUCUGCUGAAAGUGAAGCUUCUUGUUCGAUCUUUGGAAAAGGAGGAACAGGAAUUGCAUGCCUCGUUCCCGUCGUGGUAUCAAAAAGUUGUGGCCCCCAAGAAAAUCCUUGCUUGGAAAAAGUUGCUUGAAGAGUUCAAAUACGAUGAUCUUGAUGCAACGAAGUUCAUGAUGGAAGGGUGUCCACUAGUCGGUACGUCCGACCUCCCCAAGCCUUUUGAUGCAAAAAUCGUGCCUGCUACUUUGUCUGAACAAGAGCUUCGCGCCACCGCCAAGGCCCGCAGGCAAACCUUGGUUCAGACAGGGAGGCCAGGCGAUGCUGAGCAUGUUGAGCAUCUUGUACGAUCGACUUUGGACGAAGUGGACCGGGGCUUCCUGGACGGACCGUUCACGGAAUCCGAAGUUUCUGAACGUCUCAGGCAUGCCGAUUGGACGGCAGUGCGAAGGUUCGUGCUUGUGCAAGGUGCCGAGAUGAAGCUUCGUCCGAUCGAUGAUUGUGCGGAGGCGCAGCUGAAUGAUGCAUACACAUCUACGAUUAAGCUUCGUAUGAUGGACUCAGACUACAUUUCAGCCCUUGCUCUGAAGAUUGCCCACCUUGAAGCAGAGCGUGCCGCCCGACUAGGAGUCAUCCAGAGUCAAGUUGCGGUCCUCGCCAACAAGCCCGGGCGGGCGGAGAG